AUUUUUUGUAUGAGUAAACAUCCUUCCAAUAACGAUCAGACCGAUAAUGUCUUAAAAAGAGGAACAGGAUCUUCCUUUUGGUUUUCUUCUUCUUAUAUGGACUAUUUCUGGAUACAGAACCUUCAGGUAACAUGUUGACUGUCCAUAAAAUGCAUUUUAGCAUCUUCCUGCUGUUGUGGGGAUGGGUUUUAUCCACUGAAUGCAGAGCCCACCGGCAAGGAAAAGAAAUACAUGAGGUAUACAAAAAAGGCAGCCGGCCGCAGCGGCAGAGACGGGAGGCCCACGGCGAUGCCCACAAGCAAGGCAGCCCAAUCCUAAAACGAAGCCCUGACAUCACCAAAUCUCCCCUGACAAAGUCAGAGCAGCUGCUGCGAAUAGACGACCACGACUUCAGCAUGAGACCAGGUUUUGGAGGCCCUGCUAUUCCUGUUGGGGUGGAUGUCCAAGUUGAAAGUCUGGACAGCAUUUCUGAGGUGGACAUGGACUUCACCAUGACCCUUUACCUGAGGCACUACUGGAAAGACGAGAGGCUGUCCUUCCCCAGCACCAACAACCAAAGCAUGACCUUUGACGGCAGGCUGGUGAAGAAGAUCUGGGUUCCUGACAUGUUCUUCGUCCACUCCAAGCGUUCCUUCAUCCACGACACCACCACCGACAACGUCAUGCUGCGGGUCCAGCCAGAUGGGAAGGUACUUUAUAGCCUCAGAGUUACAGUAACAGCAAUGUGCAACAUGGAUUUUAGUCGCUUUCCCCUGGACACACAGACAUGUUCCCUGGAGAUCGAAAGCUAUGCCUACACUGAAGAUGAUCUCAUGCUCUACUGGAAGAAUGGGAAUGAUUCCUUAAAAACAGACGAGCGGAUAUCACUCUCCCAGUUCCUGAUCCAGGAGUUUCACACCACCGCAAAGCUCGCCUUUUACAGCAGCACAGGGUGGUACAAUCGCCUCUACAUAAACUUCACUUUACGCCGACACAUCUUCUUCUUCCUGCUCCAAACCUACUUCCCCGCCACCCUCAUGGUGAUGUUGUCCUGGGUGUCCUUCUGGAUCGAUCGCCGAGCAGUUCCUGCCAGAGUCCCUUUAGGGAUAACCACCGUGCUGACCAUGUCCACCAUCAUCACCGGGGUGAACGCCUCCAUGCCUCGUGUCUCCUACAUCAAAGCAGUGGACAUUUACCUGUGGGUCAGUUUUGUGUUUGUCUUCCUCUCGGUGCUGGAAUACGCGGCAGUGAAUUACCUGACGACGGUGCAAGAGCGGAAGGAGAGGAAACUGCGUGACAAGCUCCCCUGUGCGUGCAGCCUGCCCCAGCCACGGCCCAUGAUGAUGGACGGCAGCUUCAACGACGGGGACGUGAGCGACCUGGGGCACUACGUGUCGGAGAACGGGGACAAACAGGACCGGAUGAUGGUGCAGCUGGCGCUGGGGUCCGAGAGGGGCUCGGGCAGGAGGAAAAACCAGAGAUACGUCAGCAUGCGCAUCGACACCCACGCCAUCGACAAGUACUCCAGGAUCAUAUUCCCCGGUGCAUACAUCCUGUUUAAUUUGAUAUACUGGUCCAUUUUUUCAUAAAUCUAUGUGACUUCUGUAGUCGCAGAGCGUUGUGACGUUAAGUGAAAGUACCGGCUCACAGACUAACAGAGAGAAAAUGGAGAAUUGUUUUAAUGAGAAGGAAGAUGGAUAAAUUUUUUUCAGGAUUUUUUAAAAUUAGAUGCAACUCAUCUGUGGCAUAAAUCAUUGUGCAAGCUUCACAUUUCAGCAAAAUAUAGGAUACACAAUCUAUAAUUUUAUACUUAUUUAAAGCUGUGCUAUGUUCCUUCUUGUGCCUCACAGGCCACCAUAAACUAUUUUAACAAGUGACUAUAAUCACCAUAAUUGCUUAUACACGGUGCAUCCUCCAUUCUGCGCCCCCGAGAUCCUGAUUCUCUGCACAUCCAUCUCACAACUCAAACAAACUUAUCACAUUUGAUACCAAUAAAUACAAAGAAUAUGCAAAUACUUGCGUGUUUGCGGGACGAGGUCAGAAAUGGUCAUUAUAAAUGCAAAAUAUCCUCAUGUUGGCGGAGUUAUUGCCAGCUAAAGCUUGCUUACACUGCUAAAUGUGUGCUGCCAGCUCGGCGCUGGCAGGUCCAUCUAGGAACACUGUCAGAUUUGUGAUCAUAUUUAAAACCAAGAAAUCUUUCCAAGCUGUUUUCUGUGACUCUCCCUUUAAAACACGAUUUGCAAUGCACACUUGCUAAGGAAUGAAAGAGAGCCGGACCUUCUGCGACGCUGACCAAACCCUCCAGGAAACACAGGAGCUCUCCUUCUUUGGGGCAGUUGGAGUUUUGCUGCUGAAUUUCCUGGGAGAGAACACAGGUUUCUCAACAAAAUGAUGCAGUGAAGACAAUGGGGCGUCUACAAAAAGACUAAAGCUGCUACAGGAGAUGCCACUUCUGAGUCUGAGACGGUCUGGACGUUACUGGUCUGUACAGCCUGAGAACCUGCUGCAGCCUGUAACUUCUCAUCCCUGCUGAAGCCACCAGUAAUUGCACUGGUCCAUCCGUUUUUAGUACAAGCAUAAUGGAAAGGUGCUGCACAGGUGAUACAGCAGUUGUCAGGACUUCAUACUAUGGAUACCACGCCAAAAACUUUGGAAUGAAGGCACUUCCACCCUAAGGGAGCAGCUGUGUUACAGACCCUGGUACAUCUGACCACCUCUGCUGCCCCUGGUGCCCUGCAGCCCCCUCUGCCCUCAGGGCAGGCCCAGCACCUCCCAGGGCAGGAGCCAGGAGACACAGCUGGACCUGGGCACACCUGGCGUGAAGUCCCAGCCCUCCAUCACAGCCUCUUACAGAGUCAGCGUAAACGCUCUGCAUGAAAAGGGCAAAAUCUGUACCGUAGAAGUAACAAAAUACUUCAGGAGAGCAACGGUUGGUGAAAUCAGGGGCCUUUACCUUGGGAGCACCAAAGGUGUCUCAGGAAGCAUGGUCCUUCCGUUGCUCUGCUGCCACCCACCCGCAUCCCCACAGGGCGUGGGGGGGACAGGACUUUAAACCCACGCGUGAUUUUGCACACCGUUAGGAAAUCCAGCACUCCCUGCACAGCAGAGGCUGUUGUCUUCUACAGGUGUAGCCGCUCCAAGAAUCCGACCAAAGCAGUCGUGUCUCUGAAAGGAAAGAGGAGGUUCUGACAGGGAAUCUGCCCUGGGCUGGCUGAGGAGCUGCUCUGUGCUCCCCGCUCGUGACACGGACACGGCAGCUGCCUGAGCUUUAAUUUCCCUGUAAAUAAACAGCACAUGAACACACUCAGAGUUCCUCCCCACUGCUCAAACCACCCCCGUUCCUCUUGCACCUACAGCCUGCGCCCCACAGAUAAAGGCAAUGAAAUAACAGCUCAGAUCACUAACAGACACCCUCCCCCCCAAGUAAGAUCAUUUUAGUACUCAUUUCUACAAAGCUUUUUUUAUUUUUCCACAUACACACACCACCUUAGCUUGGUUUUAUCAAGUUUUCUCCCUAUCAUAUCAUUCUCCAGUGAUGUUUGUUCAAGAGAUUUAAGAAAAACCACCAUAUUUUCUUAAACCCUAAACAUUUCAGUCAAAUGGAGGAAGGUGACCCCAACAAAAGCAGAUGAAAGGCUGGGCCACCCUCCUUUACCCCGAUGGCACCUUCCCCCACAAAUAGCUCGGAGGUUUCUUGGGCACCACUGGCACAGGAAUGUAUUUAGAUUCUCUGUAUUGUAAAGAACCCAUUUAUUUCUACAGUUGGCAGGAACAGGAGUGCCAGAUUUUCUAGUAAGCUCUCCAGCUUCCUAAGGAGCUUACCUCUAUGCAGUUGGCCACAGCACCGUACGCUCCCUUAUAGACUCACUAAUCUCACACCACAUACAUUAUUUGGCAUCCAACCAGCCUAUUCAGGGAGAUUUUGAAGACACAAAGGAGAGCUGGACUUUUGCAUUCC